CGUGCGUCUACGAUCCCAGUGUUUGUUAUUCUUAAAGGAUGUGUGAGCCUCCGCGGUGAUGAUUUGCUGGAUGUGCCGCACGAUGUCCUUCGUGUGGUUGGUGUGGCUGUGGCUGUUGGUGGGAGUGAGCUGCAGCGAACACCUCCGGGAGAUGCAGAUUUCCGAGGGGGUUCCGGUUGGUACGAGGAUCGGUUUUAUAGGAGACGGGCUGGACUGCUCUCCACCCUACCUGAUUGUGUACCUUGGAAACAAUGCGCAGACCGAUUUGCUGAUCGACGACCUAACCGGAGAAAUCAAGACGAAGGUUCCUCUGGACAGGGAGACGACUGCGAGUUACUCUGUGAUAGCGGUGCCGAAUAUCGUUUCCUCCAACAUUAAGGUGAUUGUGAAAGUGUUGGAUGAGAACGACAACGCGCCCAAGUUCCCCACGGACGUGAUGUCCAUCGAGUUCCCGGAAAAUAUACCGCGCGACGUGAAGAGGACCUUGCAUCCAGCAAAAGAUCUGGACUUGGAUCUGUUCAACACACAAAAGUAUAAUAUAGUUUCUGGGAAUUUGAACAAUGCCUUCCGCCUGUCAUCGCACCGGGAAAGGGACGACGUUCUGUAUUUAGACUUGCAAAUCAAUAGGUAUUUGGAUAGGGAGACAACGGCCGCCUAUUCCCUUGUGAUCGAGGCUCUGGAUGGUGGAACGCCUCCGCUGCGGGGCGAAAUGACGGUUAACAUAACAAUCCAAGAUGUGAACGAUAAUCAGCCGAUAUUUAAUCAGAGCCUGUACAACGCGUCGGUGCCGGAGAACGCGACCGUCGGUACAACUGUGCUACAAGUGUUCGCGAGUGAUAAUGAUGUUGGUGAUAACGGUUUAAUAGAAUAUUCAAUAAAUCGAAGACAGAGCGAUCGGCAUUCCAUGUUCAGGAUUGACCCAGCCACCGGAGUGAUCAGUGUAAAUAAACCUUUGGAUUUUGAAACGAAGGAGAUGCAUGAGCUUGUGGUUGUGGCCAAGGAUCGCGGAUUACAACCGCUGGAGACGACUGCGUUCGUCAGCAUCAAAGUCACGGAUGUGAACGACAAUCAACCGACAAUUAACGUGAUCUUCUUAAGCGAGGAUGCGACGCCUAAGAUACCUGAGAACGCUAAAAACGGGGAGUUCGUUGCGAGGAUUUCAGUCAACGAUCCCGACUCCAAGACUGAGUACUCUGAUAUAAAUGUAACCCUGAGCGGCGGAGACGGACACUUUGGGCUGAAGACGCAGGAUAACAUCAUUUAUCUCGUCAUCGUCGCCCUGCCUCUGGAUAGGGAGCAGAAGCCGAAUUACACGUUGAACGUCGAGGCUACGGAUACGGGUACACCCCCACUGCACGCAACUCGCACCUUCAAUCUGGAAGUCACAGAUAUCAACGACAACGCUCCCAAAUUCGAAAGGGAAACGUACCAUGCCAACGUGAUGGAGGUUUCCGAUCCGGGAACCUCUGUUUUGCGCAUUGUGGCCAACGAUAUCGACGAGGGCAACAACUCUGUCAUUACCUACUCCCUUCUAGACACGCCGGAGACUCACUCCUCGUGGUUCCAGAUCGAUUCCCGCAGCGGCCUGAUCACCACCAAAGGUCACGUGGACUGCGAAACAGAUCCAGUGCCCCAAUUAACGGUGGUGGCGCAAGAUAGUGGCUACCCGAAGAGGCUCAAUUCUACGGCGAAAGUUUUUGUGAUCAUCCACGAUGUCAACGAUAACGAGCCAAUGUUCGAUCAGAGUUUCUACAACGUUUCCGUCGCUGAGAACGAGGCGGUCGGCAGAUGCAUUCUUAAGGUAAAUGAACACAACCAACUAGAAUACACUUAA